AUGGACCAAUUAAACAACCAAACAUUACUAGUUUUUCUCUCUUGCAUGUUACUAAUAUGGAACAUUAUUGUUCCACAAGUUGAAGCUAGAGCAUUUUUUGUUUUUGGUGAUUCACUUGUUGACAAUGGUAACAACAACUACUUAGCCACCACUGCUCGGGCCGACGCUUAUCCAUAUGGCAUCGAUUAUCCGACUCACCGUGCCACCGGACGUUUCUCUAAUGGCCUCAACAUGCCUGACCUUAUCAGUGAGAAAAUUGGUUCAGAACCGACAUUACCAUAUUUGAGUCCUGAACUGAAUGGAGAAGCACUGUUAAAUGGUGCUAACUUUGCUUCUGCUGGAAUUGGAAUUCUCAAUGAUACCGGAAUUCAAUUUUUUAAUAUAAUCAGAAUCACAAGACAAUUGCAGUAUUUUGAGCAGUAUCAGCAAAGAGUGAGUGCAUUGAUUGGAGAAGAGGAAACAGUGAGAUUGGUGAAUGAAGCAUUGGUUUUGAUGACUUUAGGUGGAAAUGAUUUUGUGAACAAUUAUUUUCUUAUUCCUUUUUCUGCAAGAUCGCGCCAAUUUCGACUACCAGAUUAUGUUGUAUACCUCAUUUCUGAGUAUCGUAAAAUUCUUGUGAACCUUUACAAUUUAGGAGCAAGAAGAGUUUUAGUAACUGGUACUGGUCCUAUAGGCUGUGCACCAGCAGAGCUAGCACAGCAUAGCAGAAAUGGUGAAUGUUAUGGAGAACUUCAGGAAGCUGCUAACUUGUUCAAUCCACAACUUGCUCAGUUAUUAUCUCAACUCAACUCUGAAAUUGGUGCUGAUGUCUUUAUUUCUGCAAAUGCCUUCGCAAUGAAUAUGGAUUUCGUUGGCAAUCCUCAAGCAUACGGAUUUGCCACAUCAAAAGUUGCAUGUUGUGGUCAAGGACCCUACAAUGGGAUUGGACUAUGUACUCCAGCAUCAAACCUAUGUCCAAACAGAGAUGCAUAUGUAUUUUGGGAUCCUUUCCAUCCAAGUGACAGAGCAAACAGACUGAUUGUAGACAGGUUCAUGGUAGGAUCCAGUGAAUACAUGCAUCCAAUGAAUCUCAGUACCAUCAUGCUUUUGGAUUCAAAGACCUAA